UACAAUCCAUUUUAAGCUAUUGUUACUUGUUACAUGCGCGUGCAAAUAAGUUACUUCAAUUAUUAGUUUAUUAGUAGCAAUUGUGUGACUAAUUAGGUUUAGCAUGUCAUACUGCAUAUUAUAAUCGGAUUUAAUUCCACAAAGCAGGGACAGAAAAUCAGCAGCGUGUUCUCGGAGCUACUCUGCGUGCAUCGGGUUUCGUUUGACGGUAUGAUAUUACAAUCGUAAUUACAUCAGAGGAAAACAGAACCUACAGAGGAUCAAAUGAGGGGGCAGUGCUCACGCAUCCGUCGCCCUCACCAGUAACUGAGCUAUAACACUCUUCCUUAUGGGACGCGGAUUGGCCCAUUUUGUGUGGUUGGGUUGUCGGCUCGUCUCUUCGCUUAGUUGGUUCUGAGGCGGUGCUGUGUGUGUUAUAGGUGCAGAAAGUUGCCAAGACAAGAAUUUAUUCUACGCCAGACCAAACACUCCUCCUGGACUAUUUUAAAUACCAAAGGAUUAGUUAUUUUGAACUGACAUGGCGGACAAUUUAAGGAGACUGACCAAUACAUCUUCCUUCAGCGUCUUGCAGGAUAAGCUUGAGAGCUGGCUCAAAGACUACCAUGUGAUUUCCUGUGACCAGAAUCUGAACAGGUGUUGUGAGCUCAUUGAACUUACUGCCAAGAUCCAGGGCCAACUGUUUGCCAUUCUUAACCUAACUGCUGCUGAGGGUGGGCACUAUGCUGGAGUGGACACUCUUAAAACACGACUUCUACCGUGGCUUGGAAGCUGUUUCUCCAUGGCGAGGCCCUCAGUUACUGAUGACACCAGUCUACAGCUCAUCCAGGAUUCAGUAGAGAAAGACAGAAAGAUCAGAGAGCUCUCUGUUUUCCAUGAGAGUGACAUGCAGAAGAUGGAGACUCAGCUGUGCUCCACUCGCCUACAGCUGGAUUCAGUCAGAGCAGAACUUAUGGGUGCUCAGAAAGAGCUGGAUGAGACAAAGAGCAAAUCAGCGACCACCCUGCUCGCCACCGAAGAUGAAAUCUUACAGCUGAAAGCAGAUCUGCGUUCGGCUCAUGAACAGCUGGAGAUGUAUAAGAGGAAUCUGGAUGACUCUGAGCGACAGAUGCGCUUGUUAAGAGAUGAAGUGUCUUAUCUGAACACAGAGAAGGCCAUGCUGCAGGGGAGGUUGGUGAGGAGUCGCUCUCCGAGCCCUUUGCCAAGGCUCAGCCAUUCGUCCAGCCCAGUGAGGAGUGAGUCGCCCACCAGAGCUCAACUCACCAACUCGUCCCGCCACGCACGCCUUGUCUCACGCUUCAGUGACCUGUACGCUGUGGAGCGUCUGGAGGCUCAGACCCUGCUUCGACGCUACAUCACUGACUUGGAGAUGGUUCAGAAAAUUAUUUUCAUCGCUGUCGUGGAAUCCUUCCAAACAGCAAAACUGGCCUACCGCCAGUUCAAGCUGCGAGUGAGAAAGACACUAUCCUCUUCCCACUUUGGUCCGGAGAGUCUUGAGGAUGCAGCCGUGGACUACAUUGUCAGAAACUUGGACCUCUAUGAUGUUGAAGCCAGCGUCAAUGAUGUGAUCAAUGCCAUGAAUGUGAACCCUCGGAUCUCCUUCCCACCAGAGGUGGACUUUGCCCUCAUUAGUGCCUUGAUCAGAGAGACAUGCAGGGUGGCAUUCGCCAUGCAGACGCUGGAUCAACCUCUUGACUUGGCCUUUGCAAGUGAUGGAGAACUAUUCAAUGAUAGCAAGUACCGUCGGAGCUACGACUCUGAGUUCUCAGCUCCUCUGGUGAUGUACCAUGUCUGGCCAGCUUUGGUUGAAGGAAACACUACAAUUGUAAAAGGCGAUGCCGUGACCAGAAGAGGAGCUCUGUGGAGCAGAAGCCGGAGCCGGAGCAGGAGUGUUAGCCCCGUACGCUCUCGAUCUCUCAGCCCAAGCCGCAGUCUUGGAUAUAAAAGCAAAAGAAGCCUGUCUCCUGAACAUCUCACAGCUAGCCACCUGUAAGCUUGGGUCUCAUCAUCAACACACCUGUGUCCACCUGUGCUUCACGUGCAUGAAGGAAACUGAGAUAUUUUCCAGUCUUAUUCAACUUCAGCUGUAUUUGAAUUCUUGUGCUUUCAUCAAAUAAAAAAAUGAAAUCCUUGAUGAUGUUAUGGAUCGAGGUUGUAGAGCAGUGUUACAGGACAUAGAUAGAUGGACUUAGAAGAGCCAUGCAGUUACUAACUGAGCAGACUGUGGAGCACACAGUAUGGUGCUAACAUGAUAAGUGCUAACCUCACAUCGUUCAGUGUUUCAGUGAUAGAUAUUAAUCAGUUCUUCUAGGGUUAGGGGUUGAUGUGGUGUUUUAUCACUUCUUAUUUUUAACUUGUUAGUGGUGUUGUUUUUAUCUAAAUUAUACCAGAACAACCUUUUUUGUCAUGCAAACUUGUGAAAUCAGGAAUUAAAUGUUCAGUUUUUUAAGCAAAAAUAUUUUCCAAAAGUUUAUUUCUUACUGCAUUCAGGAAAAGGACGAAUAACUUUUUACUGCAGUUAUGUUUAAAUGUAAUAAAUAAGACAGAGCUAUUUAUAUUAUCUCAUAUUAUCAGUGUCAAUAUUUUGGAUUAAAUACAACUACAUGUACUUUUCCAUUUAUU